AUGCCUCGUCAAUCCAGGUCCGGUGGUGGACGCGCCCCUUCACGCCCAACUGCUCCUCAAAGACAAGUUGCACCUCAACAAACACGCCCUGCAACUACCGCCGCCUACCCUCCAGCAGCACGCCCAGCUGCCACGACUGCUGCUCCUCCAGCUCAACAGCAACAAAGCUCCGGAGGUGGUAGUAUGCUGGGAAACAUUGCUAGCACUGCAGCAGGUGUGGCUAUUGGAUCAUCCGUCGGCCACGCCAUCACCGGUUUCUUCGGAGGAUCUUCCGCUCCAGCAGCUGAGCAGCCUCAACAAACUGCCGUUGCUGCCCAGGGCAAUGAAGCGACGCAGAGCAGCUGGGGACAGCGAAGCUGUGAGGUUGAUGCGAAACAGUUCACCAAGUGUUUGGAUGAAAACCAAGGAAACAUGCAGAUUUGUGGAUGGUAUCUGGAGCAACUGAAAGCUUGCCAACAGGCUGCUAGCCAGUACUAG